GCCUCUGCGCUUCGCAACCUCCAGUACAACCCAAACCUCUCUUCGAUGCUCUCCGACUCAUAGCAUAGUCGUAGUUGCGCAGUGCAAUACCGUGACGACGCCCAAUGUUGUCCCCUUCCAGCUCUGCUGCUCGCGACGACGACCUGGCCGCAACGACGUCUGGCCUCGCCUCCAAACAGUCGGCGGCUACCUUGCCGCAUGUGCAGAGGGCGACCGAGGGCAGGGAGGAGCUCAAGGUAGAUGAGGACGCUGUCAGGCAGGACAUCAGAGAGAGCGAGCCGCAAGGUGAUGCGAGGGAUGUAGAAGACGGGCUGGCGGGCAAAGAGGGGGAGAAGGUAGAUGCUGAUGCUGAUGCUGCAGCUGAUGCUCAGCCUUCACCACCAGCAAACGAGGAAGACGCCGAUACGGGCGAGGGGGGUGAAGACACACCCUCGUCAUCCUCUCCACCCGCCGUUGAUCCAGCACCAGGGGCAUCAACAUCUACCCGCUCCCCGCGCUUCACGCGCUCCCCACCGCCCACUUCUUCGUCAACACGUCGUCCACGCCCACCUAGCCUCCUCUCCAUCGCAUCUCCCUCCAAAAAGGCCGCCCCAACAAUGUCUGCAGUGACGCACGUCUCGCAGGUUGACCUCGACGCCGACGAGGAUGAGGAUGACACGGCGAGUCAGGCCUCCACCUCCUCCUCCUCGCCGCCCGAACCCUCCCUAAAAUACCAACGUCUACGCGGCUCCAUCCCGGACAUCCUGAAAAAGGACAGCGCCUCGUGCCUAGCGGUCCAUUCCACCUUCCUCGUCCUCGGCACGCACGCGGGAAUGAUCUUCGUCCUCGACUUCACAGGGCAUAUAGUCAAGGCGAUGCGAAAUCACUCUGCCUCCAUCCUCGACCUUAGCGUGGAUGCCUCCUCGUCGGGGGCAGGAGGGGGAGGUGGCGAAUUCGUAGGAGCAGCAAGUAUGGAUGGGCACGUCUCCCUCUCUUCCCUCUCCACGAGCGAGAACUAUAGCUUCGACUUCCGUCGUCCCAUGCGAUGCGUGGCCCUCGAGCCGGGCUUUGCACGUCGGACGUCCUCCCGCGCCUUUCUGUGUGGGGGGAUGGCGGGUUCCGUCGUGUUGAGGGAGAAGGGGUGGAUGGGAAUGGGACACAGUAAGGAGUCGAUCCUCCAUUCAGGCGAAGGACCUGUACGGGCUGUUAGGUGGAGCAAGGGGGGAUUGGUGGCCUGGGCCAAUGAGAGGGGGGUGCGCAUAUUUGAUUUCAACACGAGGACCAAGCUGGCCUUCCUGCCAGCUCCGACUGGGCAGGGCGAGAGAUUAGAGAUGUGUCGCCCGCACUUGUGGUGGAGGGAUGAUAGACAUCUCGUCGUCGGGUGGGCGGAUCAGAUCAAGUUGGUCAAUAUCACCGAGAAGCGCACCACGGGGUCAUCCGGCGCGAAUCCGAGCGCGAACGCGAACGCGAACGCUUCGUUGCACGUUGAAGUCAGCAAGAUCUUCCAGCUCGACUGCCAUAUAAGCGGUGUCGCCCCCUAUGGGGAGGAUCUCCUCGUCCUCGCAUACAUCACCGAGAGCGAGAGCGAGAGCGACGAAGGCAGCGAAGAUGAGGAGGAGGAAGAGGAGGAGGAGGAAGAGCCACGACAACGCAGCAGCAGGGAUAAGGGCAGUCGCAGUCGCGGAAGAGGCAGACCCCUAGCCUCUCCCCCCGAGCUACGCAUCAUAUCCCCUCACACGGGCGAGGAGAAGAGCAGCGACGUCCUCACCUCCCUCAAAGGGUACGAUCGUCUAAGCGCAAUGGACUAUCAGCUCGUCCCCUCCGCCUCGCUCCUCCGCACCGCGCAGAGUCGCCUCUCAAAACAGCCUCUCAGCAGCGUUGACUCCAACUCCGAUUCCGACUCGCAAUCCCUGUGGUACAUCCUCACGCCGCACGAGAUCGUCCAAGCUCGACCGCGCUCCACGGCGGACCAUGUCACCUGGCUCUUGGAGCGGCGCAAGUACCAGGAAGCCCUAGUGGCCGUCGAAACCAUGGGCUCCUCUGCCGCGCGGGAGGCGGGAUUCGAUACCAAGUCAAUUGGCCAGGCCUAUCUCUCCUACCUCGUCGACGAGAGAGCCGAUUACCCUCGUGCGGCUCGGGUGAGCUCGAAGAUCCUUGGCCGGGAUGCGGAGAGGUGGGAGGAAUGGAUUUUCCUCUUUCUAGAGAGGGGAAGGAUCGCAGACCUAGUCGAGUGGGUUCCUACGGAUGAUCCGAGGUUGGGGGCUGUGGUGUAUGAUUUGAUUUUGGCUCACUUCCUCGCUGAGGAAGGGGAACGAGGGCGAUUGCUGCACCUGGUGAGGGAGUGGGACCCGGAGAUCUACUCGACGGAGCCACUCGCUAUUGCUAUGCAGGAUCGACUGCGUGAGGGGGAGUGGGAGGAUGAGAAGGAGGGGCAGAGGGCUCUGCUUGAGACUCUUGCGGAGCUUUACGUGCGUAAUGGGCAGGCGGGGAGGAGCUUGCCGUAUUACCUGAGGUUGAAAUGGCCGGGAGUGUUCGACCUUAUCAGGGAGCAUAAUCUUGUCCUCGAUAUACGCGAUCAGGCGGGCGAGCUCGUCGAGUUUGAGGAAAGCCUGCCUCGCGACUCGACGGGAGAUGGGGACGGGGAAGGUGGCGACGCAAAGCAAGAGGAGAAGGCCCCUCCAACCACCAGUUCAUCACGAACACCGCGCUCCAUCUCUCUUUUGGUGGACAAUCUCCCCUCGCUCCCACCCGCACGCAUAGUCCCGCAACUCAACCCCCACCCAGCGGCGCUACACGGCUACCUCUCCUGCCUCUCCACCCUCGACCCGCACCUCGCAGCACCCUAUGCGGACCACCUCGUCACCCUCCACGCUCGCUUCAACCCCCCUGCCCUCCUCCCCUUCCUGCGCAGCAUGUCCUCACACUACUCCUUCUCCCAGGCCUACGCCACAUGCCAACGCCACGAUCUGGUCCCGGAGAUGGUCUUCCUCCUCGGUCGCACGGGACAGAACAAGGAAGCGCUAAACUUGAUCUUGGAGCGACUGGACGAUGUACAGCUGGCUAUUGGGUUUGCGCAGGAGCAAGACGAUCCGGAUCUUUGGGAGGAUCUGCUGCGUUAUGCUGAGACGCGGCCGGUGUUUGUGAGGGGUUUGUUGGAGAACGUAGGAGGGGGAGGAGGGGGAGGAGCAGGUGUUGGUGGUGGCAGGGGAGUGGAUCCUGUGCGUCUGAUCAGGAGGAUUGCGACGGGGAUGGAGAUCGAGGGGUUGAGAGGUGCGCUGAGGAAGAUUUUGGGAGAUUAUCAAUUGCAGAGCAGUCUGUUGGAGGGUUGCAAGGGGAUCCUGGAGGGGGAGGCGAGGCAGCUCGAGAGGGUGAGGGCUGAGGGGCAGACGCGGGGCGUGGGCGUGGGCGUGGGCACAGGACGUUGUCUUGCUUGCGGGGAGGGGCUCACGAACAAAAAGCAAGCAGGAGGGACGAUCAGAGUGGAGGAGCAGGGGCGAGACGAGGCAGAGAGGACGACGGUCGUCUUUCUCUGUCGACACGCUUACCACCUCAGCUGUCUCCUGCCUCCCGCGAAUCUGCCCCGACGAGGAGCAACAAAGCCUUCUCCCGCUCUCGGUCCCGCUCAAGUCAACACGACGACUACACAACGCAAAUCAGCGCGGCGGGCAGCUGUGGUCAUGGGCGGCUCUGGCGAAGGGGAGAAGGGGCUUAGCGAGCGCGAGGCGGAAGGGUGGGGCCCUGCGGUACGAUGGGCUGCUCAGCGGGAAGCCUGGGAGGACAAGGGCAGGUAUGCGGCCAGAUUGAGGGUGCCUAUUGUGCGCGGCAAGGGGAAGGGAUGUCCGGCUUGUCAUGGUAGUUCGGGCGCAGCGGAGGGGAUGACGACCAUGUUGCGAUGAAAGGCGGUGUGAAUGCGAUGAUUGGUCUUUUUGAAUUUUAUCAUCCAUCCCUUCA